AUGGACGGCGAGUACGACGUGAUCGUACUGGGCACGGGCCUCAAGGAGUGUAUCCUCUCUGGCAUCAUGUCCGUGAAUGGGAAGAAGGUGCUGCACAUGGAUCGUAAUAAUUACUACGGCGGGGAGAGCGCCUCCAUCACGCCCCUGGAGCAGGUGUACAAGCACUUCGGGAUCCAGGAGCAGCCUCCCACAGACCUGGGCAGGGGUGGAGACUGGAACGUCGACUUGAUCCCCAAAUUCCUGCUGGCCGCUGGCCAGCUGGUCAAAAUGUUAGUGUACACGGAAGUGACCAAUUACCUAGAAUUUAAAGUGGUGGAAGGCAGCUUUGUCUACAAAGGGGGGCAGAUCUACAAGGUGCCCUCCACCGAAGUGGAGGCCUUAGCCUCCAACCUGAUGGGCGUGUUGGAGAAAAACCAAUUUAGGAAGUUCCUCAAGUUCGUGGCAAACUUCAAUGAGGAGAACCCCGACAGCUUGGACGGCGUCGAUCCCCAGACCACCACCAUGAGAGACGUGUACAAGAAGUUUGACUUGGGCCAUGAUGUUAUUGACUUCACUGGCCACGCCCUGGCCCUCUACCAAACUGACGACUACUUGGACCGGCUCUGCCCGGAGGCCAUCCAUCGCAUCAAGCUCUACAGCAGGUCCCUGGCUCUAUACGGGCAGAGCCCGUACUUGUACCCUCUCUACGGUCUGGGAGAGCUACCCCAAGGAUUUGCAAGAUUGAGUGCCAUCUAUGGGGGGAUAUACAUGCUGAACAAGCCCGUGGAGGACAUCAUCAUGGAGAAUGAAAAAGUGGUGGGCGUGAAGUCCGAGGGGAAGGUGGUUCCCUGCAAACAGCUCAUCUGUGAUCCCAGCUACAUCCCUGACAAGGUGCGAAAGACGGAGCAGGUCAUCCGAGUCAUCUGCAUCCUCAGUCACCCCAUCCAGAACACGAAUGACGUCAAGUCCUGUCAAAUCAUCAUUCCCCAGAAACAGGUCAACAGGAGAUCAGACAUCUAUGUAUGUAUGAUCUCCUCCGCCCAUUAUGUGGCCACCCAGGGAAAGUACAUUGCUAUUGUCAGCACCACAGUGGAAACUGCAGAGCCUGAGAAGGAGAUUGAGCCGGCUCUGAGGCUGCUGGAACCUAUAGACCAAAAGUUUACGACCAUCAGUGACAUAUAUGAGCCGACAGAUAAUGGACGGGAAAGCCAGGUGUUCUGUUCCCGUUCUUAUGACGCCACCACUGACUUUGAGACAUCCUGCAAUGACAUCAAAGAUAUUUACAAGCGUAUGACUGGAACAGACUUUAACUUUGAAAACAUAAAGCGCAAAAGGAAAGAUAUCUUUGAAGAAGGCGAACAUUGAUGGCAGGAAUUAUCUCCUCUUUAAGGCCCUUGGGACUCUCCUGCUAAUCUUAGCACCAAGUUCUCUCCUUAUUCUGUUCUUUUUUGGGGCUUGAGGAGGUUUGGAUGGGACACACCAGCCAACUAUGGUCUGUCCUCUUAUCUUUUCUUCUGUACCUUCCUUUGAGAACCCCUUCUAAUUAAUUCCAUUUGUUGGCCAAACCCUAGCCUUAGCAAUGGAAGAUUGGGGUUUAGAGAACCUUUUCUUAUCCCUCUCCACCCCUCGGGAAGAUUGGACUUAAUGGAGGGUGGGAGUUCUCUCUUCUUUUUAACCUCCCUAUUUGUUGCUUCUCUCUCUCCUUGCCCCAAUACAUAUAAAAUUAUAGUCUCUGUGCUCUG